CGCCAGGCGGACGCGCGCGGACGGGUGGGUCCAGCGUCUGGCUCUGAGACUGAGGGGGCGGACGGCGCUGGGAACCGGGCGGCAGCUAGAGGCGGGCGGUUCCCGCGGGUCCUGAGGGAGGCCGGCGGCACCAGCCAGACAUUUGUUGUGCUGCAGACACCCAGUGACCCCAGAGACUUCUACCGACAGACGCACCAGUGGAACAGAGCAGUGGACACAGCGGACUGCAGUGGCUGUAGCUUUAAGACAAAAAACAGGAAUCUCUUCUGACCACAUCCUGGGAGAGACCUGGUGACACUCCACACUGAGAGGCAUGGCACUGCCCUUCCGGAAGGACCUGGAGAAGUAUAAGGACCUGGAUGAGGACGAGCUGCUGGGGAAGUUGUCUGAGCUGGAGCUCAAGCAGCUGGAGACAGUUCUGGAUGAUCUGGACCCCGAGAACGCCCUUCUACCUGCAGGAUUCCGGCAGAAGAACCAGACCUCCAAGGCUGCCACUGGCCCGUUUGACAGAGACCACCUGCUCUCGUUCCUGGAGAAGGAAGCACUGGAGCACAAAGACAGGGAGGACUACGUGCCCUACACCGGGGAGAAGAAAGGGAAAAUAUUUGUCCCCAAACAGAAACCUGUGCAAACCUUUACAGAAGAAACUAUCUCCCUUGACCCAGAGUUAGAAGAGGCUCUGACCAGUGCGUCUGACACAGAGCUAUGUGACCUCGCAGCCAUCCUUGGGAUGCACAACUUGAUAACAGACACACAGUUCUGCAGCAUUGUGGGAAGCAGUAAUGGUGUCAGCCAAGAACACUUCUCAAAUGUGGUGAAAGGUGAAAAGAUUGUCCCCGUAUUUGAUGAGCCACCAAAUCCAACCAACGUCGAGGAGAGCUUGAAGAGAAUUAGGGAGAACGACACCCACCUCGUGGAAGUCAACCUGAACAAUAUAAAGAACAUCCCCAUCCCGACCCUGAAGGACUUCGCCAAGGCUCUGGAGAGCAACAGGCAUGUGAAGCACUUCAGCCUUGCUGCCACCCGCAGCAACGACCCCGUGGCCGUGGCUUUCGCCGACAUGCUCCGGGUAAACAGAACUUUGAGGAGCUUGAACAUGGAGUCCAACUUCAUCACAGGGGCCGGAGUUCUGGCACUGAUCGACGCCCUUCGGGAGAAUGAGACCCUGGUAGAGCUCAAGGUGGACAAUCAGAGGCAGCAGUUGGGAACAGCUGUAGAAUUAGAAAUGGCCAAGAUGCUCGAGGAAAACACCAACAUCCUGAAGUUUGGGUAUCAGUUUACACAGCAGGGUCCCCGAACCAGGGCGGCCAACGCCAUCACCAAAAACAACGACUUGGUGCGCAGGCGGCGAGUGGAAGGGGAGCAGCCGUGAGCCGCGGACCUGGAGACUGGGCGGCGCAUGGCAGACAAAGUGGUCACCGUGGCCAUUUCUGGGUGGACGGGGAAAGACUGGAAAUCCUUUUUUAAACCAUAUACAUUAUUUUCUAGAUCACGUUAUUAUCAAUUUCCUAUUGUAAAUCGGUAGUAGGUGAUGUUUUAUAUUUUGAAACAUUUCCAUGUUCUUCUAGAAUUUUUAAAGUUAGCUUGAGUGAUUUAUAGCGAAUCUUGGGCACAAACAGUUAUAGCAAUAUUUCAGAAGCCAUUUAUGUAGAAAACUUUGAGGAUCAGUAUUUUUAAAAUCCAAAAGGGAUACUGCUGGUGUCAAAAUUACUGUCGCUGCUUCUAGGUAUAAAAAAGUACGCUUUCAUAACCUGGAGAUCUUUACACAUUUUAAAAAUACAUGAAUUUGGCAAGGGUAUGUUUGUUUUUGUUUUUGUUUUUGUUUUUAAUCAAGGAAACAAAACACCAGAAUUGUAAACCUAAUGGCUCAGGGGCCAGGCUGCCUCUCAGGGUGCAGCUUGCCCGAGGCCCGGCUCAGACAAGGCGUCAGCCAAGCCCAGCUGCACGCUGUGUUUAAAGGGAUGGUUAAAGUGUCCAUUACACAGCUGUCACUUUGAUGUGGGUGUUGCCAAAUUUAGGGGAAGCACCUUAUAGAAAAGCUGUUUUCUGCAAGAAAAAGGCAGAGCUGAAGGUGAGUUACUGAGGGCGGGAAGCGAGCUGCCCCCUGCCUGUGAGAGUAGAGGGACUGCAGCCUCCAAGGUGCUGCUCUUGUAGGAGUGUGGGGAGAGCCUGGCGCCAGUGCGGUCCAGAACUGCCAAGGCGUCCAUGCAGCCAAAGGGAAGAAUCUGACCUCUGUUUUCAGACCCAUAAGGUGGGAGAGGUCAGGACAGCAGCGCAAGUGGGCUCUGCCACCCAGUGCUGGGUGUAGCCACUGGGGCUGGGCAGGAGUGCAUAGGCCUGGCCUGGAGUUCCAGUGGGGAUUGCAGCCCUCCCAGGAGGGCUUUCAUGUUCCUAUGGGGUGCAGCAGAGGUAGCCACAGGCAAACACCGGGAUUCUUGCAGCCGGAGCCGUGGCCCGCACCACCCUCCCCACACUGUGUGACUAAGGUCUCCUGAUGAGCAGUUUUAAACACCAACACUGACACAGUCAGCCUAGAAAAAUCUUUCAAGAAUUUAAUUACAAGAGAGAACAAUGUGUUUGCUUUGAUAUACAAAAUCUGGUGCCUCUUAACCUUUUAAUAACUUCCAGUAUUUUCAAAGGGCUCUGAAAUUUUUAUAGCAGGACAGAUAAGUUAGGGUUUUGAUACAGUCUUAAUGUUUAAGCCAGAGAUUUUGUAAGAUCUUAGGUUUUCUAGUCUAACGCAUCUAGUUAUCUUAAGAGAAUGUUCUAUACAGUUUAUCAUUCCUAUUUAUCUGAGGUCCUGAUUUCCCAGUGUCUCCAUGAAACUCAUGUGUUAAAAGCCCGCUAGGAUCAUUAACGUGAGUGUGCUGGACUGGGUUUCGGUGCUGUCUCCCUGGAGCGCAGGCGAGGAGAGGGCUGAGAAGCAGCCGGUGCCCUCCUGGGCACCUGCCCAAGAGCAGGACGCAUGAUGUUGAAUGCUGCAGGAGUGGCUGGGCCUGGCAGUCCCAUGCCCUCCGUGUGAGAGGCCUGACAGGGAGGUGAAAACCCCUCCAGUGCUCCCCUAGCUGAUGCCCUUUCCUUCUCAAGGGGCUCUGUGACACAGUAAAAUCACGCAAGGAAACAGUUGUCUUGGGAAAGCACUAGCUGUGGUCUGGUGUAUGUUACACUUAGCUUUGUUGCUGUUGAAGUAAGACAUAGUCCCUACCAUCCUGCCAUCCCCAGGCUGCCAUGCUGCUCUGUCAUGGGCCCAGGACCUGUCACCACCUUGCAGAGCCGAGCCCAGGCUCUCAGGGCAGCGGAGGCGUGGGCACCCUGGAGACACUGCUGCAGGUGUCACCACAGUCAGGCAGGUCCCUUAGCUCUCCACUGAGGACUUUCAGUUGAAAAAAUUAGUCCAGAGAAUGUUGAGUGUCAUAUUUUAAUUAGGUCUUUGUCAUUUUUCUCCACACGUAAUUCAGUAUUGUAAGUCCUUCCCCAUAAAAACCAAGCAACUUGGCAGUCCUCCUGCCUCAGCCUCAUGAGUAGCUGACACUUAACAGGCACAUGCCGGUGCUCCCGGUUAAAGUUUUUAUUUCAUUCCAGAUGUUGAGAUUUGUCUUAGACUCUUUAAAAGUAUGCACACAGCAUAAAACCUCUGCAAUUUCAGAUAAAUUCCCGCCCUUGCUUGCAGCCUGUGGGGUGAACGGUCAUGGGUUGGCUGGGUUGGGUUGCAUGGAGUCGCCUCUGUAACCACAUACCCUUCUGUGUCAUGACUUCGGGUUCGGGUACACGUUUGCUAACGCCAGUCUCAAUGUUCUGCUUCUUUAUUUUUUUAUUUUUCAAUUUUUACAGAUAUAAAAGUGAAUUUUAUAACUCAGACAUUUAAAUAAAAUUACCCAUCCAAUUCCUA